AUUCAUUCAGUUGGAUAUUUCAUUCAUUAACUGACUGGAGGCAGAACGCUCGUCAAAAGGAUUUAUCGAUGCAAAACCCAGGAGUCACCGGGGCACAAGUACCUAGAAAAGCAAUUAACCAGUAAUGAUAUUGGUCAUUCUGCUCCCAGUUCCUUGGUGCACUUUUCAUAUGAUCAGUAUUUCAGAAAAGCUUCAAAAUUAUGAUCUGUGACGUGCGAAGUUACUUUUUAGCUACCAAUAUUUAGUCAGUCUACGCCAUCGGAUUUGCAUCCACGAUACCUCUUUGGAAAAAUGUAUGCGUCAUUACGUAAGAUGAUAUAUUAGGCGAGCUGAUAAACGAUGGAACGAGUAUGGGGUUGUGAAUAUCUAGUUUGUGUAAUAAUGAACUCCUUGUUGCUUUAUUUUUGAUAAACAAUAAUGCACUAACCUGAUGGAGAGGUGAGACACAGUAGUGAGGUGGAAAAAAAAUACGCCAUGAUGGGAUGAACAGGACUGUCAUAUUUUGCAAAAUGGAGGAAGCACAAAACCACCUGCUGAUCAUUUUAAUGGUUUACGAUAAACUUGCUUUGUAAUGAGUGGAUCUAUGAAUAGCUAGCUUGUUGACAUUUUGAUAGAUGAAUAUUAAGUGGUAAACGGUGACUUUCAACAUUUCGUUUGAUAUCAAUUGCAAUGGUGAAUUCAAACGCCACGAUGGCAAAUGUGACAAAUGCAAAGAAAAGUAAGGGAUCAGGGAAGUCCAGAGAUGUUCAUCGAGGAAAUUUUAGCGCAUACCAACGCGAAUUAGACUCUAUCAUAAAGGACCUUAAAGACACCAAUGACCCCAAACCAAACAAAAAUCCAGUACGAAAUAAAGCUGCCAGUGAAGCCUGUGUAAAGCAAAGAUAUAAAUCCUCAAAAACACCCGAGGCAAAACCAAGAAGAAAACAUGGCAGUGAAAAUGCUAAGUUAAAACCCACUCUGAACCCUGUACAAUUAGAAAAGCUAGAGUCCACUGCAUUUGCGGCACUCCAGGUUAUUCAAAACACAGUGGUGUCAAUUGACAAACUUCAGGAGGAGGAUAUUUAUAAAGAAGGAGAUGAGAGCGUGGUGGCAGAAAAUACAACAUGUGAAAGUUGGUAUGGGGUAGAGAAGUGGCAAAAAGGAACAUUUCACUCAAACUACCAAGUUUCCAGAGCAUUAGAAUCUAAACGUAGAAACACUGUGGAAGACAGUAAAACGAAUCCACAAAUCCCCGAUCAACGAGGGAUAACGGCAAUAGGGUUGGGUGAUCUUAAGCCGUUCAAAAACGGAAAAUCCACAGAACAGCACAAAACAUUUAAACAUGGAAAAAGAGGGGAGGAAAUCUUUCAAAAUGGCCAACGAAAGGGAGUGGACGACAAUUUGAAUAUUCAAGAAAUGCCAAACAAAAUGAAUGAUCAUAUUAAUACUGGUGGGAUUGCAGCUGAACCUCAACUGCAAUCAACGACGGUUUCGACACAACCAAUUUCCCACACCGAGAGAGGUAAUUUGGUUGCGGAGGCAAGAAGCAAUGCACGACUGAAAACCAACCAAAGUAAUUUUCAAAAAUCGAUUGCAAGUUCUUCAUUAAGAUCAUCGGGGAAACAAAUGAUUUCGACACGGACUCCAAUCGAUGGCGACACGGGAAGAUCAAACCCUAAGCAAUCAGGAUCAAAUACAAUCCAUAACCAACAACUCAUAGAAUCAAGUACACAAACGGAUGUCAACCGUGCCGAACUUGAUGCUUCAACUGACAUCACCUAUCCAGAUCAAACUUAUUUGCCCCGGGGCUUACUUGGGCGAGAAACUGAAGGAAGCAAAGUCUCGGUUGCAUCUGACGGUAAUGAACUUCAGAGAGGCAAUGCAGAAAGUUAUUUAUCGAGAAUGAAUGAUGGGGACGGUCAGAAAGAUCUCCAGGAGGAACUUGACAAGCUGAAAGAAGGUAAUGAAGAUCUUGAAAGGCAAUUAAGAGAGACCAUCGACUUUGAGGUCCAGGCGAUGAAAGCUUACAUCAGACUCGUCAAACAACAUCGACAACUGAAAAGGAAAUUACAAGGGAUGUUCUUUUUGUGUCCACGUGGGUAAACCGAAUAAGGGCCCUUUGACUUUUCUAGGAGCUUCACUGGAUCGCGGGAAUGAGGUCGGCGUGAACUGGAGUCGUGUUCACUUUGCACAAGACUGAUUCGAUCCGGACAGGUCUCAAAUCAAUUCAGGGGCAGUGGAAGGAUUUUGAACGUGGUAGUGAGGUUGACGCAAAAAAAUCACUAUCAGAAAGAGAUUGUCACUUUUUACGUUUUGUUCACGUUUAUAAAAAAAAAAGAGGCCCCGCCCCCGGUUCUGCGACCCUUGUAAUUUAUGUAUUUUGGGUGAAUAUUAAGUAAGAAUGUGUAUUGUGAUGUUGCCUAUGUUAUGGAGGGUGAGCGCGUGUGUGCGCGUGGUGUGUGUUCCAAGGUUCCUCCCUCGUCCCAUCUUUAUUCUCAAGGGAGAGACUGUGUGGUAUGUGUAUACUUGUGCAAUUUUUGUUUACAAAUAUUAGUAACGAAAUGCGUGCGUGUGUGGGUGGGUGUGUUUGUAUGUGGAUAUUAAACAACUUUCAACUGCGUUCAUGGCCAUGAUGGCCAUACGGAUCGGGUCCAGGAAAUUUCACGACCUAAUACAUUACAUAAGUGUGGACAAUUUUCUUUGAUUUCACUUUUAAUGCCUGUCAUGAACCCGGUUGCUUCUCUUCCUCUUUUACUUCAGUUUUUUUAUUUAUUUUUUAAAAUUUAUUUAUUCAAUAAGGGGUAGCCCAUUCAACAUCAGUUGAUCUCCCAUGGGGCCCCUAUACACAAGAAUAUAAUAACAGAAAAUAUUUACAGAUUAAAGCAUUCAAAAUAACUUAACAUAUGCAAAAAAUGUAAUACAAGCUGAAUUGCGAAGACAUCAAUAAUAAACAUUGCAAAAUUAGAGAGAUUAUUUCAAUGGUAUUCAAACAUUCAAAUACAUAAAUUUUACAAAGUAGUAAGUGCCAGCGAAACCUUAAUUGUCAAUCGACCUGAGAUGUUUUUUAAGAUUAUAUUUAAAUGAAUUUAAAGAUGACGAUUCCCGUAUGAUGACCGGCAAGCUAUUCCACAGUUUUGGACAGGCGUAAAAUAAGGAAUGCUUGCAAUAAUCAGAACGACACCUUGGAAUAACAAGAUCGUGACUGACGGACUGCCUCGUAUUUUUCGAAUGGGUUUUGUUUAGAUCCUGAAAAUAAUUUGAGUAGUAUUCUGGUGCGAGUCCAUGAACACAUUUAUAAACAAAUAUAUAUCGAAAAUAAAUGAUUCUGUACUUGAAGGUCGUCCAAUCUAGAUUUGAAAACAUUUCUUUAGAUGGGGUAUAUAUGUGACAACUAAGGAUCAAACGGGCUGCUCUUUUUUGGAGUUUGGUAAUUCGAUCCACAUGAAUCUGAAAACGAUUUCCCCAUAUCUCACAACAAUAAUUCAUUUGUGAUUCAAUAAGGCACAUACAUAAUGAUUUCAGAGUAUCAUUUUCUACAAAAGGAUGAAUUCUUUUUAACAUAGCAAGUCCAGCAAAUAUUUAUUUACAAACAGAAUCUACUUGAUCAUGCCACAAAAGAUGUCUAUCAAUUAUAACACCUAGACAUUUGAUACUAGAGCAUUGACUUAUAUCGUUACCAUUAUGGUUUAUUUGAAUACAAUAAUUUCUAUAUAUAUGAAGUUUUUGUUUACUCCCUAAGACCAUGACUUUUGUUUUCUCUGUAUUCAGAUAUAAUCGGUUAUCUGAAAUCCAUUUGCUUAUAGAAUUAAAUUCAAGUUGUAAUUUAUAUUCUACUUCUUGAAUAGAACUACCGGUGACAUACAGAGUGGUAUCAUCUGCGUACAUGAUUACAUUUCAAUCCUUUAGGACACGGACCACAUCGUCAAGAAAUAUAUAAAAAAAGAAGUAUUGUUUUCCCCUGGAAAAUCCUAUGUACUGAGUUUUUACUGACACUUUUAAUAAUCGGACUAAAUUUUUAAUGAAAUACUUCAUAAACAUAUAAAUUAUGAGUUUCUGGAUACUUAGGAUUCUUACCACUUCUUAUAUGGAUUAGUACUUGACGUGACGAGGUCUGAAAUAAAGGCCAUUAUAAGCAAUAAGUAUUGAACAGUAAAUUUUGUUUGUUUUAAUAUCAAUAUCAGAAUGUUGAUUCAAUAACGGUUAUGUUUAUGAUAAAAGUGUAAGGGUGUAGUGGUUCUGACCCUCGCAUUUCAGUUAAAGGGUCGUGUGUUCGAAUCCUAUCAAUUUCUGUCAGCAAGGAAUUUAUCCAAGUGAGUGGAAUUGGUGACCAACGACUUUGUUACUUGCCUGGUGGCUCAUCUUUAUUUGAUUGUCAUAGGGUUGUAAUAUCAUUGGAAACAUUAAGGACAGUAGAGUAAAGUAGCUGUGCUAUGUAAGUGGACCUACAUGUAUAUCAUGAUGUUUUUAAUCCAGAUUGAUUGAAUGGUCGGUAUACAAUAUUACGAUGCAUUUAUACUUUAACAAAUAUGUUCAUAAUAAAAUGAUACCCACU